UUCCUGCAAGACGGGUUCAGUGCACACUCUUUCUCUAUGUACUCUUUCUGGCUUAGGUACUCGGUACUGGUGAGAGCAGGAUGGCAGAAAUGACAAAAAAUCUUUUGGUGAUUUAUGAGAAAAGUGGAGAAGAAUGGGCCACGUAUCUGAAGGAACUGCUGACAUCACAUUUACAAAUUGAUGACGUAUUUCUUUAUGAUGUGAGCUAUGAAUCAAAUAAGAUGGUGAAAGACCUUAUUGGCUCUAUGUGGCAGUGUAAACUAUUAGUCUUGACCAAAGAUAUUCUGAAGAUCUUCUGUGAAAAUCAAAGUACCAAUUUCUUUAAACUUCUACAGCCCUCACACAGAGUGGUCCUGAUGCUUUGUGGAGUGAGUUCUCCUGAAGGACUAUAUGAACUUUUUCCUUUCGAAAGAGAUUGUCAUUUCAUCCUGCCAGAUCAAGAUCCCCAUGAUUACAUCUCCAUUGUGUCCAUUGUUAUGAAUGAAGACUACGAUGAUGGGAAUAAAAGAUCAUCAGUGAAGACAGCAGAGACAUCCACCUGGAGCAAUAUAGGAGAAGACAAAAAAACUGUUCAACCAUCCUCUGUACUAGUAUUACCAAAGAGAGUCUCAUGUGAGAAUCCGGGUGAACUGUUUAUUAUUCUGUCAAAAGGCAUACCAAAGGACACAGAAGUAGAAGUUGAAUUUUGUAUAAAAAAUAAACUUAUUAGGAAUAAGCCAAAACAAUGGAGUGAAAAAAUUCUAUGCUUGAGUGCUCCUGAUUUCCCUCCUGGUGAAGUCACAGUGAAUAUUUGCUGUGGAGAAAUCAUUACAGCUUCAACGCAGAUUGAAUACUUUUCAACAGCUGAAGACCUUAAACAUCUGCUCCUAAAAAGCAUUGAUCCUGUAGCGUUCAUCUGUCAGGCCUUUAAUGUGUAUACGUUGGAAGAACUUGAUAAGGUGUUGAUGAAGUCAUUAAAAAACAAGCUUUCAUCUUGUGACCAUAACCUUCACGAGCACAGGAUAAGUGGCAGCUCAGAAGAAAUACCCACUUUACUGCACUGUGCCGCAAAGCUUGGACUCAAAGAGGUGGCACUUUUGCUAAUGCAAAGCCCAGCAGCAGAUUCCAUUUGCAGAAUCACUAACAAAUAUGGGGAUGAUCCAGCUAAAAUGGCUGAAAAGUAUGGACAUCAAGAUAUCCAGGAUAUCAUUAAUCAACUAUUUGAAAAACUGAAAGCUAAUCAGACUGACAUUCCUUGGGAACCGGUGGAGUUUGAACAAGAAGAUGUUUAUGUGGACAUGGUUGAGUGUGCUGCCCAUCAACAAUCUUCAAAAGAUUUAAUUAACAAUGAAACGGACAUGGACGCGAUUAAUGAAAUGGAGCAAAAAGAAAACAAGGAGGAAUAUGUUAAGGAGUAUGUGGAGAACAAGGUUUCAGACAGGAUGCUGGAAGUGACUAAUGAGUAUUGCUUUUUAAUCCCUGCUGACAAUCCCUCAAGAACCUUUAAAACUGAUGACCCUUGUUUGCAAGAUGAGACAUACAAGACAGAUAAAGAGGAAGAAUGGUUUAUUAGUGAACCCAACUGUGAAGACCCUGACUGGCAGAAUACAGAAUGUGAACAGAAUUCUAAAUGCCCUUAUGAAAAUAUGUAUGAUCCUAUGUCAGUUUAUUCUGUUACUGAAGAACUGCCAAGCAAAGAAGACAUUGAAGGUUUGAAUGCACGUCCGCCUCCAGAACAGGAUCUAAUAGCGCAGCGAGGCUGCUUUAAAGGUGAAGAUUUCACCAUGGAGAAUACGUCACAAGGAGCACAUGAUAAACAUCCAGAUGAGCAACCAUUGAAUGGAAAUGAUGAAGAACCAGCCUUAAUCGCUUCUACUGAGGACAAUGUGUACAUCAUAUUUGAGAACAGCAUUAAAGAUACACAAAGAGCACAGACACAUUUUAUCUCACACAACCUGGUUACUCCAGAGCCGUCAUCAACUGCUACAAUGGCUAGUGCCACAUCUUUUAUCUCUCAAGAAGAAAGAAUAGAUGACAAUGAAUUGGUCUCACAUGGUGAAUUGGAUGAAUACUCAGACGAAGUAAAUGAUCAUAAAGACAAUGAAGAGUCACUGGUAGUUGCUUUCAUUGAGGAUGAUGCAUACAUUGUAUUUGAACCCACUGUGAAGCAUAAACAAAGGGGGCAACCACCUUUUAUUUCUCAUAAGUCAACAUCUCCUGAGGCUGCUUCAAAUUCUACAACAGAAAGUGGUGCAUCCUACAUUUCUCAAGAGGAAAGAAAAGACGACAAUGAAAUAAUGUCACAUGGUGAACUGGAUGAGUUCUCUGUAAAUUAUCAUAAAGACGAUGAAGAAUCAUUGAUAGUUGCUUCCAUUGAGGACGAUGCAUACAUUGUAUUUGAACCCAUUGUGAAGAAUAAACAAAGGGGGCAACCACCUUUUAUUUCUCAUAAGUCAGCCUCUCCAGAGGCUGCAUCAAAUAUUACAACAGAAAGUGGUGCAUCAUACAUUGCUCAAGCUGAGGGAAUAGAUGAAAGACCCAGUACGCAGUUGUGUUGGGAAGGGUAUGAGGACAAUGAAGAAGACCCAUAUAGUUUAAUUUAUAAUGAUGAUGAUGAACUGUACAUUGAGUUACCUUAUGAAACCGCAGAAGAAGAGAACCCAAGAGAAAGAAAAUCUUUUAUUGUACACAGAGCUCCAGCCCCUGCACCACGCCCACAAACUACAGCUCCAGAUAUUGAAGACUCCUACAUCUCACAAGUAUUUCGACAGAAAGAAGGGGAAAAGAAAAUAUACAGCACUGGAUUUCAUCAAGACAAAGUGCAAUUGGCUAAACAUGAACCUCAGAUUCCAGCUCAGCAGUAUGCCCUCACUGGGCAGGACGAGCUCAUCUUACUCCAAGAAAAGGUGAAAAUGGGCAUUAUCAGUAUGGAUGAAGCUCUCCAAAAAUUCCAGGAGUGGCAGAAUGAAAAGAGCGGACUAGAUAUUCUUCAGCAGAAAAAACUGCAGCAGUUACGUGACAAUAUUAUUGGAAAUAAAACGGAUGAUGAAAGAGUCUAUGAAAAGAUUACUAUUGUCCAUCAACCCAAUGCAUUCCCUGGGAAAAAGAGGACAACUUAUGGGAUGUUUGAUAACAGCAUCUACCAAAAGACAAGUAGACCAGCACAUUUACCUACUCCGUACCAUCCAGUAAAGAAAGAAAUGGCUGGAAAAUUGCCACAUACAAAGUAAUGGUUUUGGCUGAUGAAAGAGAUGAUGUACUAAAGAAUACAAAGAAAAUGCUCCAGUGAUGAAAAUGGAAAUAUUUUUCAAGAACUCAUACUGACAUUGAAGGAGGAGUCUGAUUUCAUGAUUAUAAAACUUAUAGGGUCAUUUAGUUCUCAAAAUACUUUUGAUAUAUCCAAGAUUUUGACGGGUGGAGGUCUGAGUUCUUAGAACCCGGCAGUCCCUAGAACAAGGAGAGAGAAGAACUUGCAUAGCGCUCUCUCUCUCCUCGCUAAAGGAGACAGGCUCUAUGAAGUCUAUGAGCCAGUCUCAACUCCGUCCUCUGCUUCAAAGAGAGAGAACAUGCUGUGGGAUCACUUCUCUUUCCUCGUUGUAGUGAUCAAUGUGGGUCUCAGCACUCAGACCUCAACCAAUCAAAACCUUUGAUAUGUUGCUAUGUUAUGUAAACAGUUUUGUGUAAGCUCAGUGAC